AAUACAACUUGUCAAUGUCAUUCGUUUGUCAAUCCCGGGAUUACCUAAAAUUGCUGAAAAUGCACAAAACAGCUUUUGAAAUGAGCUGAAAUCUAAUUAAAUACGUAAAUGUAGCAGUAAAAAUUAAUUGUGAUAUACAGUAAUUUACGUAACGAAGAUGGAUUUUUUGCCGGAGAUAAUCGGAGAAACAGUAAUAUUGGGGUUAGAUACACUAAUUCUGGGCUUUUGUAUGCGACAAUUGAGCAAAUGUAAACACAUUUUGAACGGUCUACAGACAGCUCCGGUGUUGGACAUUGAUUCAACGUUAAACAAAGAGAUCAACAAGUACCCCAACAAUGUGAUCCCGUAUGUGGUGAUACGUGGGCUGGUGAAGCCGCUUGGCACUCCCAUCACCAGCAACUACAAUCAUUCUGUCACUGGUGUAGUCCAGAGGUUGACAAUAAAGGAGCACGUGAUAGCGCGCACGUCCGCCGGGUUCUGGUCCGACCAGACGCGCACCAUCCACGAGGUGUGCAACUGCACGCCGUUCGUGCUCAACAGCGGCAAGUACAGCAUUGAAGUGGUCGACGCGUUGGCCGCUGAACUGCUUGACAUGGACGUAAUCUCGGACAAGUUCGAGCCGAUGUCCCCCGGCGUGAUCGACCACGUGUGGGGGUUCUUCUCGGGCGUGCGGCAGCGCGGGCUGCAGACGAUGGAGGAGAUGUUGCGCGACGGCUCCUACAUCACGGCCAUCGGAGAGCUCAGCAAGAGCAACUCCGGCGCGCUCAAGAUACAGCCGCCUAAGGACGGGCUGCCGUUGUACCUCACCACAGCUACUAAAUCAACGCUUCUGAAGCGACUGACGAGCUCUAGAGACUUUUUGAGAAUCCUGGUGGUGGUAUUCGGAGUGGUGGCGGCGGCGGCGUCGUGCCGCAUCGCGUACAAGUACCUGAAGCGACGGAAGCGGCGCGUGCUGGAAGAGUGCAUGCGCAAGCAGCUGGCGGUGGGCCGGCGCGAGCGCAGGGCCAUCGCGCGCGAUCACAACCUCACCGACCUGCAGCUCUGUGUCGUCUGCACAGAGAACCCUAAGGAGGUGAUCCUCCUCCCGUGCGGACACGUGUGCCUGUGCGAGGACUGUUCGGACAACAUCGCCGACACGUGUCCCAUCUGUCGCGAGCGGAUAGAGUCGCGCGCUCCCGCGUUCAUCACCUGAGCCGCUGCACCAGACAGAAGAGUCGGAACACGCAGGGAGAUUAUAAACCGAUUGUUGUGUGGAAUUUGUCAAUAGGCUGUAUAGGUCACGGCCUAAGUGCUGACGUAAUGAGGCCUUUUGAAAGUGGAAUGCGGGAUGUUAAGUGGUCUGUACUUGGGGAAGGUAUCACCGGUACUGAUUGUGAUUGAAGGGUGGCUUGGUCGUUUUGUUUUUGGAAUGUUGGCCGACUCAGUAGGUAGCACGGCAAUGUUUAUUUUUACUGCCAAACGGCAGUGUUGUGUUCCGGUGUGAAGGACAUUGUAGACAAUAAUUACAAGGCAUUAUGAGACUUACCAUCUUAUGUCUCAGAGUGAUGAGGACUCCCACGUCUAAUUCUGUGUAUGGUGUUGCUACUGUUUAUGGGCGGUCGUAUUGUUUACCAUUAGGUGAGCAGCAAGCUAGUCUCAGCAUUCAAUUGCAAUAAAAAGCACGUUUAAUCGAUGAGCUAUAAUUUAGGAAACGCCUGCCCAGCAGUGGCAAAAGGUGCAUAUAACCAUAUGGAGCCUUCGUAACUUAUGUCAAAACUAAUUAUCAUUAGAAAUUAGAACAAUUUACAUCCCGCAUUUAUGCAUAUUCAGUCUUACUUAUAAACUUAUUUUAGCGUUAAGAGGUGGUUAAGAAUUGCUGAAACAGCUGUCACAAACGUCACCGGUUUCCGUGUUUAAACCUUAUUAAGUAAGAGGCAAGAUGGCGGGUUUUGACUUACAGCUGACCGUGUAAAAUAGUGUUUUAACUGAGCAUAGCUUUGCGAUUUUUUUAUAAGUAAGACUGAUUAUUAGUACCUAUAAGGGUCGGAUUCCCUUACAUAAAAUAUCAUCUUUUGAUACUGCUGCCCAGGUUAUUCGCUAUCGACAGUCGGCUUAUAAUCUCUCUGAACACUAUAGGUACGAAGAGCGUUCACAUACAAUUGUGAUGGUUGUACGCAAUUCGCCUUAUACCAGCAAUGUGGUGCUUUAAAUUAUAUUUUUGUAUAAAUCUGCGCAUGACGUCACUGGUGUCAUUGGACAGAUGAGCGCACGGUGAAGAGCUACGGAAUGAAAGGUCAGGGGUUCGAGUCUCGCUCGAGACAGUAUAAUCCGGUAGUAUUUGUAUUGUAUUGAUUCAAGUUUAUUGUAGAACCAUGUUUGGUAUCCGUGAUGUAGUAUCUACUAUCUUGGUUCAGGAAUUGUGAUUUUAUUUCUUCAUAUGUAUUGUAAUAAUGUAUAAUAUACAGUAAAAGUUAUGAGCAAUGUACCAUGGUAUUUUAAAGAGCGUAAUUCAUAUUUAUGCACAGUUUUGAAGAUACAAGUGUUAAUGUAUCUCAAUUAUAUGAAUACAGUAUUUUUAUUUGCUAAAUGUGUACUGGAGUGAAAUGUAUUAAAAUGGUACUAAUGAUUGGUUUCCUAUACUAAUUUAUUUUUAAUUUAUACGAACUUUAAUGGUGUGUUUGACAAAUUGGUAAUUCAUAAAUCCCAGGCAAAUUACGAAAUUAAGUAAAAGGAUAGAUAGAUUUCGCAUAAAUAUUAUAGAGAGUAAAGCAAAACAUCAGAGACAUACUGCCUAUUUAAAUACGUAAAUUCAUGGGAAUUGUAAUAUUUAUAAAAUGGAAAAACUGGAUCAUGAGGCGAAAUUAUCUUUAAAUGAACUUGCCUGGGACAUGAUUUACGUGUCGUUGUUAAUAAUGAAAAUCCUGUGGACCUCUUGUCGCACUAGGGUAAUUGACUACUAAUCAAAAAUGUAUGAUAUACAAAAUAUAACGGAAAAAGAAUUUUCAAAAUCCACGCAAUAAUAGAGAAAUUUUUAGCUUUGAAAUUUGGCGAAAGGGGUAGUUGUCAAAUAACAGUAAUAGCAAACUGUGACGUCACCGAGUGGCACCGGCUAUCAUUAUGUGCGUAAGAAAGAGAUAGAGCGAUCACCCGACCCCGCCUCCUUUUUUCCACAUCACUAUAUUUUAAAUAUGAAUAACUGCUUUAUUAUUCAACAGUUCUUGAUGCCGAUUUCGCAGAUUAUUUUUUCGUAUUAUUUUAUGUUACUUAGAAAAUAAUGUACUAAAUCAAACAUAAGGAAGUACCUUAUCGACAAGAAGGAUAAGUCAAUGCCAUAUCGGUAGAAGAACAUCACUUUUAAUACGUAAAUGUUCAUUUAAGGCGCGGCGUUGACUUGAGCAGUUUCGAAUUGCAUUUAUUCUGCAUGAGCGGUGAUUCGGUUUAGUGUAAUGCAACGCGUUUCUAACCCCCGUAUUCAUAAAUGUUACUUAGUUGCGUACAGAACAAUGCUGUGAUAAAAAGUCUGUUUCUUAAUGCUCUUGGCACUAAAGCCUUCGAAGUUCGUAGGCACAGCAGAACGGAGCGCUGUGAUUGGUUAAUAUUGAGUUUAUUAUUCGGCUGCCUGAUAAACGAAGCCGAAGGAAACUAUGAAAUUGUCGACUCUACGCACUGUGAGUCCGCGUAGUAUUUGCGAAUACGGGUGAUAUUGAGGCAGUUUCAUAGUAAAUGAAAAGUAUAGUAUGCGUAUAAUGCGACUUCAAAUUACACUGCACGCGUAGUCGACGUUGGGCAUAAUGAUAAUGUGAAAUGUCUAUAUUGACGUCAUGUGCAACAGCGCAAGCUGUAGCCGAUACCAUAGUUAAGUAUAGAGUUGUUGCAUGGAUUAAAGAAAUUUAUAAACUGUA